CGCAAGCGCAGUGCGAUGUCCCGUAAGCCGGCAGCCAAGGCCCGGCCCGGUGCCGCUGCCGCAGCCGGGCGGGCGCGCAGGUCCCGGCAGAGCCCCGGCAGGCAGGGCCCGGGCCCCGGCCCCGCACCGGGCGGCGGCGGCCUCGCACGGCAGCUCUGGGCUCUUGGCCUCAAGCUGCGGGAGGUGCCGGGCGAUGGCAACUGUUUGUUUCGGGCCCUGGGGGACCAGCUUGAGGGGCACUCGCGGAACCACCUCCGCCACCGCCAGGAGACGGUGGAUUACAUGAUCCAGCAGCGGGAAGACUUUGAGCCCUUUGUGGAGGAUGAUGUGCCCUUUGAGAGACACGUUUCCAAUCUGGCAAAGCCUGGUACCUUUGCUGGCAAUGAUGCUAUUGUGGCCUUUGCAAGGAACAAUCAAAUGAACGUGGUUAUUCAUCAGCUCAACGCCCCACUCUGGCAGAUUCGUGGUACAGACAAAAGCAAUGCAAGAGAACUGCACAUUGCGUAUCGUGACGGAGAGCACUAUGACAGUGUGAGGAGGAUCAAUGAUGAUUCUGAAGCUCCAGCCUAUCUUCAGAUGGAGUUGCUUUCCAAAAAUGAUUCAGGUACAAAGAAGGAAGAGAAGCCACAGAAGGAGGACUCUGAAGAUGAAAUUGAAAUUGAGAUGGAAGAUGCUGUACAAGAAGUGUGUAAUGCAACUGGAUUUUCAGACAUUGACUUGGUAAGCCAGGUUCUGGAAGUGGAAGACUACAGUGUAGAAUCUGCCAUCUUUCAAAUGAAUGCAGUGAAGAGAAUGAGUACUGAGGAGCAGCACGAUCCCCAGAGCACAGCUCAGGAAGCGCACAGCAGAACUCUGGGGGAAGAAAACGGAACUGGUUUGAGACUCUUUGGAAAUCAGAGCUUGCAUCAAGGUGAAAGAGAAAACAACAAGGGACAGCCUAGCUCCUACGAAGAGAACCAAGCUAGCAGAAACCCAAAGGCAUCUAAAAAACAAAAGAAGGAGCAGCAGAGACUGGAAAAGAAGAAGAGGCAGGAAGAGAGGCACCGACAAAAGGUCUUGGGUAACAAAAGUAACUGUCCAGUUAGUGGCAAGAGAGACACACACUCAACCAACCACGUCACCUUGGUGAAGGCCAUAGGAGCGCUAAACAUAUGACUGUGUUCUGAGUGCUCUGGUGAGAAAAGCAAAUAAAGCUGAGGAAGACAAUCUGCCCUCAAGCAGA